CAGCAACGUUAUUCCUCCAACAUCGUCAUCACACUCCCCAUGCCAUUGAAAUGUCACCUCCGGGCAAUGGAGAUAAUUCUGAUCCAAAGCGGGAGCGCAGCAGAGUUGCACAGCGCGAGUAUCGCAAAAGACAUGCCUCAAAGUUCAACACCCUCAAAGAUGAGAAUCAGAGAUUGAGAAAUGCUCUGAAAAGAGUUGAGAAGGUCGCGCUGAAGCGUGGUGGAAAGGACCAGGAACUCGAGGCGGCGCUGGCUGAAGCGAGAGAAACUCUUGGAGAAGAGAGCGACAGUCGAGCUUUGACAACUUCUGGCUCAAUAGAUACUGACCCAAUCUCUGCUGAGAGAUUAUCAUAUCUUUCAGGGUUUUUGUCGUCGGAUAUUAUGAUUCAUGCUCAAUCGCUUGGACAAAACACCGCGCCUCCUCGUCUAAGUCUAGAGCAGCAACUCUGGACUAACACGGACAGAUUGGCCCGUAUUUUUGAAGCGCCAUCAGAUGCAGGCAAAUAUCUCGGCGAUGGUCUUUACACAUUUGCAGGAACGUUGUACUGGGCGUGCACAAGAAACACGGUAUCGCUAUGGGAGACAUACAAGCUCAACAUGCUCGGUAGACCUGGACUCCCAGCCCAAAACCCCAUGGACCGAUUAUUCAACCACUCAAAGCACUUGAACGAUCGAAGAUUCCUGCUUUCACUCGCACUGGCUCGCCUAGAGUACAAGCACAAAGGCUUCAUCGAUCUUCCACGUGCAGGAACCGAAAUGGUGUGGAAAUCAGUGUUGCCUGAUCUACGACGAAAAAUGGAACAAGAACUAGUCGAGAAAGAACAGGGACCCGAAUGGUGGAAGACUCCAGGGGAGGUUGAGAACCAUUUGCGGAAGUAUCUCGAACCAGCUGAGAUUGACGAGUUACAGGCUCUCGUGGAGGGGAGAGGGUCAGAGGAGGUUUUGACCAAGUAUAAGCCUUUGGUUGAGAUGAUGAUUGCUGAAUUUGUCUGUUUUCCAGAUGGACCGAGAUGGAAUCUUUUGUAUGUUGCUAUGGCUGUUGGAAGUUGGAGGAGUGAUCAUCCGAAACCUUCAGAGUUGGUGCAAGAUUUGAGUGCGAGCGUUUAGAGCGACUUUUAUGAACGACAUGAAUUAUAUUCCUAUUCUAAUUGGUUUCUGUUAACUGAGACGAUAUUAUCAUGCUAAAGUCCUUACAAG